UUCAAAUAUUCACGAUGAGUUCAUGUUUAGCGGAGACAAUUUGAGUGUGGACGGUACUGCAGAGAUCGAAUCCGACGGCCUUUUCAAACUGACAAACGCUACUGGUCGGCAAACAACAGGCCAUGUCUUCUACUCCCUUCCUCUCCGAUUUAAGAAACCGAACGGUAGUGUUCUCUCUUUCUCUACCUCUUUUAUCUUUGCAAUACUUCCUGAUGACCAAUAUCACAUUAGUGGGCAUGGACUUGCCUUUGUCAUUUCACCUUCAAAAGACCUCCCUGGAGUUUUACCCAGUCAAUAUCUUGGCCUAUUCAAUAACUCUAACAUUGGUGAUCCAUCCAAUCAUAUCGUUGCAGUGGAGGUGGACACCAUCUUAAGCCGCGAGUUCAGUGAUAUCAACGACAACCAUGUAGGAAUUGAUAUCAAUAGCUUAAUAUCCAUUGAAUCCGCUAAAGCAGGAUAUCACGCUGAUGAUAAUGGUGGUGGGUUUAUGAAUUUAAGUCUAAUAAGUGGAGAUCCGUUGCAGAUAUGGGUGGAAUAUGACGGUGCUGAAAAGCAACUUAAUGUAACACUGUAUCCUCCCAACAUACCCAGACCCCAUCGUCCUCUCUUGUCCUUGAGACAAGAUCUUUCCCCAUUCAUCUUGGAUGAUAUGUAUGUAGGUUUCUCAUCAUCUACUGGCUCCAUUCGAGCAACUCAUUAUAUAUUGGCUUGGAGCUUUAAGAUGAAUGGGCAAGCUAAAGACUUCGACCUCUCACGCCUCCCUAAGUUCCCUCAAGGUCGACAGCAGGAAAAUCCUACCAAAAAGAAAAAGAAGCCCAAGGUUUUGGCAAUUUCUCUGUCCUCUGCUUCACUUGUGCUUCUGUUAGCAACCAUAUCGGUCAUCGCCCUUAUAACCGUGAAGUGGAAGAGAAGAUACAUGGAAGUACUGGAAGAUUGGGAGGUCCAAUAUGGACCUCACAGAUUCACAUACAAGGAUCUGUUUAUUGCCACCAAAGGCUUCAAAGAGAGGAAGCUUCUCGGAAGGGGUGGUUUCGGUGGGGUCUAUCGAGGAGUGCUACCCACCUCCAAAAUCCAUGUGGCCGUGAAGAGAGUUUCUCAUGAUUCAAGACAAGGCAUGAGAGAGUUCGUCGCAGAAAUUGCAACCAUCGGCAGGCUCCGACACCCCAAUCUAGUACGACUCCUGGGCUACUGCAGGCGUAAAGGAGAGCUGCUUUUGGUUUAUGAUUAUAUGCCCAAAGGCAGCCUCAACAAGUUCCUUUUCGAUCAACCCAGGUUGACGCUUAGCUGGGCACAAAGAUUUAAGAUAAUCAGGGAUGUGGCUUCUGGGCUCCUUUAUCUGCACCAUCAAUGGGUACAGGUGAUCAUUCACAGAGAUAUCAAGGCCAGCAACGUGUUAAUAGACGGUGAAAUGAAUGGAAGAUUGGGAGACUUUGGCCUUGCGAAAUGGUGCGAUCACGGAACUGAUCCUCAAACUACAAACCUAGCAGGCACCCUGGGUUAUAUUGCACCUGAGCUUGCUAGAACGGGGAAAGCUACUACGAGGUCUGACUUGUUUGCAUUUGGCUCGUUUUUGCUGGAGGUGGCUUGUGGCAGAAGACCAGUGGAGCCACGAGUAGAGCUAGAGAAGAUAAUUCUGGUGGACUGGGUCACAGAUUGUUGGGGGAGGGAAGACAUUCUGCAGACUUUGGAUCCUAAGCUAGGGAUGGAGUAUGUUGUGGAGGAAGCCGAGUUGGUGUUGAAGCUUGGGUUGCUUUGCUCGCACCCUGUGGCCGCAGCUAGGCCGAGCAUGCUAAGUGUUGUACGAUAUCUCAAUGGCGAUGCCCCGCUGCCGGAGGAUUUCAAUGCCAAUGUUUUAGUUCAGGGGCGGAAUGAGAAUUCCAAUGAAAUAGCUACAUCAAAUCCUUCGUCCGAGAAGGGUUCUCGCCGGUCAUUGACAAUCACAGAGCAAUUCAUCUCUGUUGGUCGUUGAUGUAGUUGGGUGUUGAAAAAUGUUAUUGCAGUUUUCCCAAAUUUUUGCCACGUGGCAAAACAUCACACAUGUUU